GCACUGAAAUGGUCAUUUUUUAAUGAAUGAUGAUAAGCAUAUGAUAAGAGUAGCGUCGAAGACUUGCCAAGUCGGAAAAAAUCCAGCAUGGCCGCGUACACGUUUGAAAGCACGGAUGUUUGAAAGUGCUUUCUUCAUGUGAAAAAGAAAAGCGUGUAAAAAAUUGAGAGAAUUCUACACUGAAAAUGCUCUAGAGAGACUAAUCUUCCAAGCCUUGCGCUUCAUUUGUAGCCGCAUGUGUUUGCCACGCGUCGCCGGAGAUGAACGAGGACUUCGCUCUCAAGAAUGUCGUGCGCGGCCCACCGACUCCGCGGUGCCGGCGCGCGGUCGCGGCCGCCCUUCCCGGCGUGCUGUGGACGGCGCGCGGUUACAAACCGGGCUAUCUGUGGGACGUGAACGAACCGACCGAAAGUACCGUCGCCGACUGCUUGCGCCUCUGCGGGACGACGGCAGACUUCCGCAACGACGAAAAGCUGCUCCUCGUUACCGGAGACGACGUCAGAGCGGUCAGGUUGGGACGCGAUGUGCUGCUCUGCAACGUUCCCGAGACUCUUCGUAGGCUCGAAGACGCCAGCGUCGACGUGAAGUUCGUUGACGUUUCGGCAGGGCUGCGUUCCCCGAACGCUCUGGCAUCGCCGCCUGCGGGCGUGCGUGGAAUGCUGUCGUCGCUGAAGCGACGACUGGCCGAUGUGGCGGCUUCGCCGUGCCGUAGCGACGUGUUCGUCGAUUUGGAACCCGCCGACGGCGAAUGGAACCUUUGCACGGCGUUCGGCGUUCUACUAGGGUACCCGGUCGUGUACUGGUUCGAAGGCGGUGCCGACGCUGGCAACUGCCUCGCCAUGGAGGAACUGAACGUUGUCCGAGUGCGAUCCGCUCCGACCGCAGGACGCCGAGACGUGGCGAGGGGGACAGCGUCGUCCGCGGCUGGCAUGGAAGACGACGUCUACUCUUUCAGCUUCCCGGUCGCUCUCGGCGCCGAUUUGCGACCGCAUGUGGACGCCUGGUGGCAGCGACUGCGCGUCAGGGCUGCCGGGGAUUUCGAACUCACCCGAGUCGAUGAAGUGACGUGCCAUCCCGUCGUGGCUCUGUGAUCGUCAAAUCACUUGAUACAGUUGGUUCGCAAACAAGUAGCGAUGUGCUCUGUGCCACGUCGUACUUUUUUUUCCCUUUUCGUCGUUUUGUGCGGUGUUAGCACUUCUUCAAUGACUUUCGUGCUUUGUAAAGCUGCACGCAACACUGCCGUUCAUCAAAGCCCUGGAAAGAUGACGUAUCAUCGCAGCCUAUGGCUACAGCGAAGAACCAAAGGGCACUUGCACAUCAUGCUUUAUCGUAUUUCACAUUUUGCUCAGUCAUCAUUAGCUUGAGUGAAUGCACAUGUGUACUUGAAAUGACAUAAGCACAGUGUUACAUUGUAGGAAGAGGGAUGGCAACACUGUACCGUCAUCCCGCCAGCUCUUGUGAUUGAGGAGACAACCUUACAUACUUAGAAUAUAGCCUGGAAAGGACUUGCAUUUGUGUACAAGAGUAGUGUUUUUAAAAUUUUUAUUAUUAUUUAUCUUCUCAGAAUGAGCCAGUUUAAGUGGACCAAUGUAUUUAAUUGGGUGUUCUUCGAGGUAUGUGAUGCAUUGUGUUUGCAUCAUCUCUGAAGGGACACUCUUUAUGGCCUGCAGUGUUUGGCUCCGAAUUCAUAUUGUAUUCAAUAUCGUGGAGAAUGUUCCUACUGUGUUCCAAGAACUUCUUACGAAGGUUCUGCAGUCGAAGCGUAAACAAAUUUUUGGAGACUUGAAUUUUCAUCUUGUUGGUAGGUCAUAUCUUCUAGUGAUUUAGUCAGGGCGUCUACCAACCGGGAAAACCGGGAGUUCUCAGGGAUUUUGCGUAGUCUGGAAAAACUCAAGGAAUUAGUGCCUCUAUCGGGGAAACUAAGCUGUAAUUUUAUUGUAAGGGUCGAAAGUCGUGCUAAUGCUGGCUCGAGUAACAGACAGGAAUCGUAAUGAAUAGUCAUUGACACCCUGUCAUCGGCUGGAGUUGCCAGUGUGCACUCAACGACCAACUUUCAGGAUGCGCGAAAAUUUGGAUGGCUUCGCGGCACCACCACGUACCCCAUAGAGCCAAUGUAUCAGAGCGUAUGAAAUUUCGGACGCAAGAACCCUUCGCCGUCCGAAAUGGCAUUAAUGCCAUUUUGAUCACCUCGCUGCAUCGAACCAGCGCUCUUGCACGCAGAUCCGCCGCCAGCCGUAGCCACCACUGUGGCAAUGGCAAACCUAGCUGCUUCGCUGUUGCUAUUAAGCUCUUGCCGUUGGGUGCCACGUUUCUCAUUGAAAGAAUUUGCUGCUGUGAGCAAUGCCACCGACUCUGCCUUUGUGGUCCUUGCGAUUGGCUUAGAAGCUUGGAAAGCAUGGUGCAUUGCACAAUGCCGAUUUUUGAAAGUCAGCUUCACUUCUGUACAGAAAUGUUAUUUAGUGAAGCAUAUGCAAAAGUAUUGCAGUGAACCAAAACAAGCGUGGGAAGGGGCUAUUGCCACGGGACACAGUAUGUAUUCCUUAAUUAAACACGCGUGCAGCCGGUGGCUCCUGUCACAGUACGAGCACCGAUAUGCCUAAUACGUGUAUCAACAGGCCUUCAGAGCGUUUUCGAAUGUGCCUGUGGCGGUUUGAGCCCUUAAGGGCAGUAAAUGACACAUUUAUUUUUUCCAACUGCCCAAUUUUUCGGAAGUUUUUGCGGCCGCUAAGGAGUUCGAAAAAUUGGACCUGGACUGUGCAACUGACCAAGAAGAUGCUCCAAAUGGUCCAUGGGGCGAACGAGUGGCGGAAGAAGGACAAGAACAGAAAGGACCUACACAUUGAGGAAUGAACGGGAAAGGAAGCGUGCUGCCGCUGUUUUGAAGGAGCUUGAGCUCAAAAAACAAAGUGUUAGCUGAUGCCAAGAUGCAGGUGUCCCUCAUCCAUACCAAAAUAAACACUUUAAAGCAGUGAAGCACAACACUGAGGCGUCGUGCGCGGGCUGAGAGUUUGUCAGGACAGUUGGUGUUGAAUUUUGAGCUGUUCAGAGAGAAUCUCAAUUGUGACAAAGUUUGGGUCUCAUACCACUGAGCUUGCUGUAAGUUGAUAGAGAUAGCUCAUAUUUGAAAAUAUUUCUUCUGUACGCAUCUCCUUUUUAUUCGUAUUUGAGAAUGUCCGACUCGAUUUGCGAUUUUUUUCGAAGACAUCUUAUUUGCUGUGCAUUUUGCUAACCCCUCCCUUCUGUUCUCAUUUUGAAUAACAUAAGCACUACUCCUUAGUAUUCAAAUUGGAUUAAGUAAUUUUUUUUUAGAAAGAUUUUCAUAUCCUUACUAGAGAGUGACAGCAUCGGCCGAUAUGGUUUUAGCCUAUCUCGACAUAAAACAUAGUUCUGCAUCACUCAGUGAAUUUCGCAAAGGCACUUAGGGAAAAACCUGAAUAACUGGGGGAAUUUGGAAAUGUCUAUUUGGUAGACGCCCUGUUAGUGCAGAAACUUGAGACAGCAUGGACAGAAGUCGAGAGACACACACGUUUCUGCACUAAUCACUGGAAAGUACUUUAUGACUCCUGCUUCAUCCGGCGAGCAGGAAGUCGAGGAGUGUGGUCCUGGUGCCCUCAGAUGCUCAGACAACUUGGCAAUGUUUUGCUAGUGUGAAUAAAAGCAGCAUUGCAGUGAGGGGACCAAACACCUCUGAGUGCUUUCAUUAUAUGCUGUUUAUAAGAAAUAAAAAGCUGAAGAGAAAGAUCUGCUGCAAAAGCUUGAAUGCACGUUAGCAUGUGCGAGUGGCCUGGAUUCCACUAUUGUAAUUAUAGGCUUGUGGACAGGUGCAAAUGAAAGGCUAGGAGCAGAAGCAUAAUUCGGCGUUCAAUAAUUUGCCUUAUCCAAAGAGAGGAGGGGCACAAUGCCAAAUAUCUUUGCAGGAUGUGUGAAAGAAAUCAUGGAAAGUCUGUUUUUGGCAGCCAUUGACAACUUGGGAACUGUUCAAAGAUAUUUUAUCAGGGUAAUUUGCAGCACUCUGCAGUCACAUGUGUGAUGCUGCCAUUUGCAAAGUACUGAAGUAUGAUUGUUAGAGCUGUGUGAAACUCCAAAGGGAUGCUAGAAGCAAACAUGAUGUCAAGCUGGGCCGUAAGUAGCAUUUAUAAAAAUCUCUCUCAGUACAUGUUCAGUGCCAAGGGAUGACUUAAUCACCAAGAAAAUUGGAAUUAAGAACAAUCAGUGUCUAUUUCAAUUCAAAAGGUGGUGACCAAAUCCACACCGCAGUGACCGCUCUCACUGAGUGAAAAAAUCUAAUCUUGAAGGCUAAUACUUUUGCUGGUUCCAUGUGCCAAAAGCAAUUGCAUGAGUUGGAAACAUGAUGAUUGCCAUGUUUCGGAUACGACCUACUGGCCAGGGCAUUCAAAUUAUGCACCAACAAGCCCCAAAAGCUGCGCUGCUGAAUAGAAAGCUAUCUGCUAGUUUCCCGCAGUGCAUCGAAAGUGUCUAGAGGCCAUACUUGACAGCCAUAUUGAAAAAGACAAGUCCACUUGUCGAAAAGUUGGCUCCUGCUUUUACCUUGUUCUUGUUUUGCUUAUCGUCUUGAAUUUUCAUCUCCCGCCUUCCCCGUGUUUUCCCUUAACAGUCAUCUGUCACUCUGCAUAAGUCGGAGGGUGGAACAACCUUCUAAAGGAAACGCUUGAGCACCAUCUCAUUUCACAUGGGCAUCAGGCCAGGAAGCAUUUUAAUGUAUGAAAAGUGCUGUGCUUACUGUGACAACAUGUUUUGUUGAUCCGGCAUCUUGGUAGCCCACAGGCCCUGAUAUAUCCUCCCGAGACGCCAAGUUAGUCGAGAGACAAAAAGGCAUGUCAAGUUGGUUCUUAAUCUAUUUGCAUUCGAACUGUAAUAUAUCAAACGUGGAUAUAUCGAAUUAUACGAUGCACCGAGGUUAGUCUAAAAUGUUUCCCACGAAUAUCGGCAUGUAGCAAAUACAUGCUUAUAAUGAUACAUGCUUAAAUGUGGUCCAACUGAACAAAUGUGAUAAAAAAAAUUUUUUUUUAUAAAGUACAGGGUUAUCUGCUGAAAGCAACAUUUACAUUGACAACACACCGUUUCCUUAUGUUUGCUAUUGUAAAAACCGCUUUCUUUGUCACAAUGCGUAAAUGAAGGCGCAACAUCACAUGCACAUUGGUGCUGUGUCCUGGAUUGUAAUGUGAUCUUGCGGUACUGCAAACAUGCCUCUCCGAGUGCAUCUCAUUGCGCGUGAUGAUGCAAUGGUGUAGAUGAAAUUAGUCUCCAUUUUCUUUGAAGCUGACGGCAAGAACAAGCUUAAACGACUUCCACACAGUUCUGCAUGCAGCCAAAUUGAUAUCUGGGAUGGAUAUAUAGAGGGACACUAAAGAAAACAAUAAGCAUAGGUGUAUUAGAAAGUUACCUUUCUACAAUAUCAAGAAAGCCACACUUACUAUGAGAGGACACAAGUUAGAAAAGAAAAAGAAAGGAAAGGUGGUUGGCGAUGCCACUGUGACAUCAUUGGUUUCGAAGGCAUCUGUUCGGGCCUCAUUAAUUUUUAUCGAUAAAAAACGCCUGCCUUGCAUUCUAAAGGAGCCAGAGACCGAAUGUAGGCAUUUUUGAGAACAUUCACUGCAUCACAACAGCCCAAAUCUGAGAAAAUACAUUGGCAUGUGCGACAUUACACUGAUCCGCUGGUGCAGAGGUUUUGUAGCGAAAUUUUAAAGAACGUAAAUUUGGCCUACAUUUUCCCUUUCAGUAAUAAAUCUUUUGCCGCGAAAUUUAUAAAAAUAAAGUUCCAAAAGUACGCUUUACCAGUUGCAACUGAUUAGGGUUUCUCAUUAAUGUCACUCUAAUGAAUAAUUUUGAGAACUAUUGAAGACAAUGUGCUAGGGGUCUUGGGAGGAUAAAGUGUGUCUGUAUAUCUCGAACAGCACCACCCCAUUCUUGACGAUCCUUGUCAUUAAUUGGCUGGUGUGAAGAGUUGAGAUAUGCUCCCUUUUUCUUUUUACUUCGGCAGAAAUGAUAAACUUGAAACCAGGUUCUCUGUGUCCACCUGUUCAUCCUUUCUGUCGCAAUGACACCGUCAGCUAUUUGGUCACCUCCUCAACCUCAUACUCACCACUAGGCAAAAACAACACCUUAACUUUGCACAUCAUUGCCACUGGCUGCUAAGCGCACACUCGUGUGGCAGUUGAAAGCUAGGCCACGCUAUACAAGGACCAAAUGUCCGUGCAAUGUACCCAAAACUGCGCCAUGGUGUAAUUUUUUUUUCUUUAUGCUAAGCAUUCUUGGUGAGUUCAAGCCAGUUUUCUGUAACAACUAUUUGGUGACUAUUUGGCCGUUUUCGUGGGUCAAUUUUGAGCAAAGUGCAGUCUAGAAGUAUGGGUCUAUCCCAGGUAGUGGCUGAGCUACACAAAAACCAAAUGUUGCCUGUGCAAUGUACCCAAAAUUAUGGAACAUUGUUUUUAAGCUGCAGAGAUGCCAUUUAAUUUUAGAACUUACUUCAAUGAACUCUUCAAAAAGACUGAUCUUGUAAACCCUCAUUCCAUGCAAUAUCUGGUACCAACUCGUAACGACGUUUAUACCACUUUUUACUCAUAGGAAUGCAUAGCCUGUGGAAGACAUGCAUGUCAGAGAGAAAUCUGAAGCUCGUAAUUUUUUUAGCAACUUUUUUCAGUGAAAUAAUCAUCCAAUUAAAGGAUCUACCUGGUACAAAAAUAAAUUUAAUCCAAAGUAGUGUUUUAUAAUGGAAAUGUAUCUAUUCUCAGUAAGGUGUGCAUCAAUGUAAGGACCGUGCAAAGAGUGAUGGAAUGAGAAAUGUUGGCCCUAACAUUGAGAGACAUGAAGAGAGUGGUGUGGGUCAGAGAGCAAAUGGGGAUAGCCAAUAUUCUAGUUGACAUUAAGAGAAAAACAUGGAGUUGGGCAGGCCAUGUUAUGCAUAGGGUAGAUAACUGGUCGACUGUUAGAGUUACACAAUGGGUGCCAAGGGAAGGGAAGCGCAGUUGGCAACAGAAGACUAGGUGGGGUGAAGAAAUAGCGAAAUUCGCAGGCGCAAGUUGAAAUAUGCUAGCACAAGACAGGGUUAAUUGGAGGUUUCAGGGAGGCCUUCGUCCGUACUACAGUGGACCUAAAAAUAGGUUGAUGUUGAUGAUCUAUCCUCGCCACUAUUUUAGUGUUUCUUGUGAUGUACCAUGGUGCAGUUUUGGUGCUUGGUGAUUUAUGUGGGAUUUCAUGUACCAUAGUAGACUCUCAAAAUCUACCUGCAUUUCGGAGAACACGGCAAGCAAUACAAUAAUGUAUGAAAGCAAUGUUGUCUGAGUAGCGAUUAAGUUGUUGUCGAGAAGAUUUCAGCGCCCACUGUGAGAACUUGUUGCCUCUGUGGCACUAAAUGAGCAUUAAUCACUGAAGUUUUCUCAUUUUAUUUUUCUGUGUGCGCUGCCUCUUUAAUGACCAGCAGGCUUCCACUGUCUUAUGUGAUGGUAGUAUCGUUGUGGGAGCAAAAAUGUAAGAAUAAAAGUUGUUUUAACACGUG